AUGCAAAGGAACUUUCGACUGAUCUCGACCUUGGCCUUCACCGCGCUCGUGACGGGCACGUGGGAAGUCCUGCUAUCAGCCAGCUCCAUGUCCCUCAUCAAUGGAGGCACUGCGGGGUUGUUCUGGUCUAUGAUCUGGUGCUACACCGGACAGCUCUUCAUCGUCCUCUCUCUGGCUGAAAUGAGCUCCAUGGUUCCUGUGGCUGGCGGUCCUUAUCAGUGGGUCGCAGAAUUCGCCAGCGCCAAAUAUCGCCGGCUACUGUCCUACUGUGCCGGAACAUUGUGCUCCGUCGGAUGGCAGGCAAGGUUCACAGCCAUGUGUUACAUGUCAGCAAGAGUCAUCCUGACUCUUUGCUGGGUCACCGAUCCUAACUUCGAAUCCAAGCAGUGGCAACGGAGUCUUCUAACAAUCGGGGUCGCCAUCUCUGUAUCUUCAUUCAACGCCUUCGCCGCUGGCCAUCUGUCUCUUGCCGAGGGUCUCUUCGCCAUUUGUCAUGUCUAUGCUUUCAUACCGAUCAUCAUCAUCCUUUGGACUCUGGCAAACAAGACAACGGCAUCCGAGGUCUUUACUCAAUUCACCGACAAUGGCGGAGGGUGGCCAUCGCUCGCAACAUCUGUACUGGUAGGACAACUUCCUGCAAUGUUCAUCGUCUCAGGCAGCGAGGCUGUGGUCCACAUUGCUGACGAGGUCGAAGAGCCGGAGUCAAUCUUGCCGCGCUGCAUUUUUUGGAGCUUCUUAGGGAACAUGCCACCGGCCUUGAUGUUGCUGAUGGCAUACUUGUUCAGCAUGGGCGACCUUCGACUUGGCAUCGAUGUCAAACAUCCUUUCUUCAUCGUCUUCAAGGGCGCUACCGAUUCGGAAGAAGCUACACUCGGCUUCACCAUCCUGGUUCUUUCGAUGCUGAUCAUGAACUCGGUCAGCACAAUGGUGGCCACGUCGAGACACCUGUUGGCAUUUGGUCGGGAUCAAGCACUGUUUUUUUCACCCUGGAUCAGCAAAGUCGACCCAAGGCUCAAAGUACCGCUGAAUGCCAUCUACCUGACCGUCCUCUUCACGAUCGUCGUCUCUUUCGUCACUAUCACUGCAUCAGCUGCAUUCAGCACAAUCAUUGGCCUGGCGACAUCGGCAUUAAUGUCGAGCUACCUCCUGUCGAUUGGUAGCCUCACGCUGAAGCGCCUUCGUGGCGAACAGCUGCCGAAUGCAUCGUGGUCGUUGGGAAAAGCUGGACUUAGCAUCAACUGUCUGGCUUUAGUUUACGCUGCUUGGGCGUUGUUCUGGUCCUUCUGGCCCGAAUACUACCACGUCGACAGAGCCAACUUCAAUUACAAUAGCGUGCUAUUCCUGGCAUGGAUCGCGUUUACGUUGGUUUUGUUUGUUUUGAGGCAGCGAAGGAUGCAGCUGCGUCCAACAAUGGAAAUUUUCCCGAGAUGGACGCCGAGAUCCACGAGGUAG